GUCGAGGAGGCGUGGACACACUGCCGGCGGAAGUGAAGCCCUCCGCGAGGGCGCAGGGCUGCCCGCGCCGGGCGAGAAAACUGGACUGUAGGAUUGGGCCGAGCCAGCGAUGGGUACACGGGCGAACAGUGCAAAGCUGCACGGGGACGCGCGAGAGAGCAUCAUGGCAGAGCAGGUGGCCCUGAGCCGGACCCAGGUGUGCGGGAUCCUGCGUGAAGAGCUGUACCAAGGCAAUGCCUUCCAUCAAUCUGAUACACACAUCUUCAUCAUCAUGGGUGCAUCGGGCGACCUGGCCAAGAAGAAGAUCUACCCCACCAUCUGGUGGCUGUUCCGGGAUGGCCUUCUACCUGAAGACACCUUCGUCGUGGGCUACGCCCGCUCCCGCCUCACAGUGGCCGACAUCCGGAAACAGAGCGAGCCCUUCUUCAAAGCCACACCAGAGGAGAAGCCCAAGCUGGAGGAGUUCUUUGCCCGCAACUCCUAUGUGGCUGGUCAGUACGAUGAUGCAGCCUCCUACGAGCGCCUCAACAGCCAUGUGAACGCCCUCCACCAGGGGCCACAGGCCAACCGCCUCUUUUACCUGGCCUUGCCCCCCACGGUCUACGAGGCGGUCACCAAGCACAUCCACGAGACCUGCAUGAGCCAGACAGGCUGGAACCGUGUCAUUGUGGAGAAGCCCUUUGGGAGGGACCUGCAGAGCUCCGACAGGCUGUCCAACCAUAUCUCCUCCUUGUUCCGUGAGGACCAGAUCUACCGCAUCGACCACUAUCUGGGCAAGGAGAUGGUCCAGAACCUCAUGGUGCUGAGGUUUGCCAACAGGAUCUUUGGCCCCAUUUGGAACCGGGACAACAUCGCCUGCGUGAUUCUCACUUUCAAGGAGCCCUUUGGCACCGAGGGCCGCGGGGGCUACUUCGACGAAUUCGGGAUCAUCCGGGACGUGAUGCAGAACCACCUGCUGCAGAUGCUGUGUCUCGUGGCCAUGGAGAAGCCAGCCUCCACCGACUCGGACGACGUCCGGGAUGAGAAGGUCAAGGUGUUGAAGUGUAUCUCCGAGGUGCAGGCAGACAACGUGGUCCUGGGCCAGUACGUGGGGAACCCCAGUGGAGAGGGGGAGUCCACGAAAGGCUACCUGGAUGACCCCACGGUGCCCCACGGGUCCACCACCGCCACCUUUGCGGCCGUCGUGCUCUACGUGGAAAACGAGAGGUGGGACGGAGUGCCCUUUGUCCUGCGCUGCGGCAAGGCACUGAACGAGCGCAAGGCCGAGGUGCGGCUGCAGUUCCGCGACGUGGCCGGCGACAUCUUCCGGCAGCAGUGCAAGCGCAACGAGCUGGUGAUCCGCGUGCAGCCCAACGAGGCCGUGUACACCAAGAUGAUGACCAAGAAGCCCGGCAUGUUCUUCAACCCCGAGGAGUCCGAGCUCGACCUGACCUAUGGCAACAGAUAUAAGAACGUGAAGCUCCCCGACGCCUACGAGCGCCUCAUCCUGGACGUGUUCUGCGGGAACCAGAUGCACUUCGUGCGCAGUGACGAGCUCCGGGAAGCCUGGCGGAUCUUCACGCCGCUGCUGCACAAGAUCGAGCGCGAGAGGCUCCAGCCCAUCCCUUAUGUUUACGGCGGCCGAGGCCCCGCAGAGGCAGAUGAUCUGAUGAAGAGAGUGGGCUUCCAGUACGAGGGCACCUACAAGUGGGUGAACCCCCACAAGCUCUGAGCCCUGAGCCCCAGGUCCCCACCCCACCCACCUCGGCCCCAUCUUUGUUCUUCCCACUUGCCUGUCACCCCAGCCUCGCAUCGGGAGUGGUCCGGGGCCACAGGCCGCAGCUUCACAUUCCCGGCCCCUGGCCAGCCCGGGCCCAGUACAUUCCGCCACUAGCAAAGCACUCGAGACUCGCGCUGUGACCAUCUCUAGCUGCCACUGGCCCUUCCUGAGCCAGCUUCUGUCCACUGGCCUGAGCCCCCACAAAAGGAAGUAGAGUGGCUUUCCCAUCUGUCCUGGGAUCCUCCACCCAGGGCAGGGGUGAGGGAUGUCAGAGGGGGGCAGUGGGCAGGCAUCUGUGGGCCAGGGGCCAACCCCACACUCCCGCUGGCUGUGAGCGCGGUCCUCGGAACUGAGGGGACGGGCUCCAGCGUUUUCACACCAGUCUCAGUGCCACUCGACAUUCCUGGUCACCCGCUGGAAGGGACCUCCGUGCUGCCCUGCAGCACCUGGUGUCCCGGGCCUCCUGGAUGCCUCUCUGCCCCCUCCAGCUCUCCCCAACUCUGCACUCCAUGGCCCACCCACUCACCACCAUUAAAUCCACAAACACACCCUG